UGAGGAAACAAUAAACCAUCCACUAACCAAUUGGCUGUUGUUCUGCUAUAAUUGGCAGAUGAAUGUACCAAUGCCAGACGUAGCUCGGUUAUAAGGGCUGGUCCUACUGCCGGGCGCAAUAUCUCUCAUCAAGAUGGCGGCGGUGUCCUCGGCAGCGGCACUGCGUGGGGCAGAUUACGAGAACGGGCUUCGUGGUGGGGCUGGCGCGGCCGGAGGAGGACAAGACACUGGGGACGACGAGUCCAUGGGCCGAGGAGGACUAGAUCUCGAUCUGGAGUUGCUGGGUCCGGGCAGAAGAAACCGACGGAUAGCGGGCAGAGUAGCCACAGGGAGGAGAUCCGGGGGACGGGGCAGCACUGGGAGCGGCGGCGCCGGGGGUCUGGAGGAACUAGAGGAUAUAGAGAUGGACGAGGAAGAGCCUGGGGAGCUCCGGGGCGAUCCAGCCAUCGAAGACCCGGAGCUAGAGGCUAUCAAAGCCCGUGUAAGAGAAAUGGAAGAGGAAGCUGAGAAACUGAAAGAGCUGCAGAAUGAGGUAGAGAAACAGAUGAACAUGAGCCCGCCUCCUGGCAAUGCUGGUCCUGUUAUCAUGUCAAUAGAAGAGAAGAUGGAAGCUGAUGCUCGAUCAAUAUAUGUGGGAAAUGUUGAUUAUGGGGCUACAGCAGAAGAACUUGAGGCACAUUUCCAUGGCUGUGGCUCAGUGAACAGAGUAACCAUUCUGUGUGACAAGUUCACUGGUCAUCCAAAAGGGUUUGCCUACAUUGAAUUUUCAGAUAAAGAAUCAGUCCGGACAUCAAUGGCGCUAGAUGAGUCUUUGUUUAGAGGUCGACAGAUAAAAGUGGUUCCCAAAAGGACCAACAGACCUGGUAUAAGCACAACAGACAGAGGCUUUCCACGAGCAAGAUACAGGGCGAGGGCAUCUUCCUAUAGUUCCCGUUCACGGUUCUACAGCGGUUUUCCUUCCAGACCAAGAGGACGCGUGUACAGGGGUCGGGCUCGAGUGACGUCAUGGUAUACUCCUUACUAAAAAUAUAACUUUAGGAAGACCUGAGAGGCAAAAACACAAAAAAAUGAAAAAAGAAGACUGGAAUUUUAAGUUUAUUAAAAUGAGGUCCCCUGUGGGCCAUCCUUUUCUCGUGUGCUCCCAUGUACAUCCUCCAAACACUGUCUCAAGAUUGGUGUGGUAGGCCAGGCUCCUGAUGCUUAAUGUAUGUUGGAAAAGAUAGGUUUGCUGUCCUAAUUUUCAGUGUGCGUGUAUGAGUUGCCCCUGGUUUCCUCAGGAGUGUUUGUUACAUGUGGGGUAUUACCUGACUAUCAAAGAAUGUAUAUUGAUUGGUUCCCAGCCUAGCGUUUUCAGCUGUGGGGAGGGUGGGUCAUGUCUGCUAAACAUCCUGCUGUUUCCUUUUUUUUUUGCGUGUUUUUAUCUUUGCAGGUUUCUUUCUAUGGGAGAAGCUUGUUUCCUGGAGAGACUCCAGCUGCCCCUCACAACAGCCUUUUCUUUAUUUUUAUUCUAGCUCAGAUUCCUGCAUACUGUUGGAAGAGACGAGCUGGGCAUCUUUUGUGUUUUAGACUUAUAUUUUUUUUUAUUUUUUUUUGGUUAAUUUUUUAUUUUAUUUUUUUUAGAUGAAUUUUUUUUAUAGUGGCAGGCAGGGAAAAGGAGAAAAAAUAAAAAAAAAUUGGUAAAAUGAA